AUGAUGAAUGUAUAUGAAGGGUAUCUUAGUAAUCUUACCUCCACACCACGACUCAUCUCUUGUAUAGCUGAUAGCACUGAUAAGCUAUCCAGAAGUUGGAGGUACUCAGACAAGACCUGGAAUGUGCCUUUUUCUAUAUCAAAACUAAUAGCUUCUGGACUUGGGGCAUCUGUUCCAACUGAGCAAUUGUUCAGAAGACUUAUAAUCACACUUUUGAUACCCUUGAUUUUGGGGAAGGAUUUUCGGGAAUCCUUUAAAGGUGAUAUUUCUUUUGUCCAUAUAAUUUACAAGUUGUUGGGAUAUUCUGAUUUAAGAACCGGAACCAUAGAACCUAGCUUUGAAGAUUUUGUUGAUAAUAACAAUCAGCUCUUAUCGGUACUGAGUGUGAUAUUACUUAGUUUGGUCCCGUGGAUACAAGUAAGCAGAUCAAGGCCUCUACUUCUGAUGGUUAAGCCUGAAGCUUUUCUUGUAGCUGUGAUGAUGGGAGCGCUGCUUCACCUGAUACUAUUAGGUUUCAAUGCCACAUCAAUUCGUUGCCUAUGUGCUGUAUCUGGUGGUAGCAAAUCAAUCUUUGCAAAAAAGAAAAAUUCUACUGCCCUCUUACUUAUUGCAAGUCAGAAAGCUUUGCCAGUGCUGGUUGCGGUGGUGGAUCAACUUGGUGGUACAUUUGGUGAACCAGGAUUACUAAUCAUCCCCUGUGUUGCAGCACAUUUAAACCAGAUCAUCAUGGACUCUUUUCUCAUAACCUUUUGGAACAAAAAAGAUCAGUCGCUUGCCAAUACCUAGCUGUUACAUGACCAAUCACCAAGAUGGAUCAUUUUCAGUGGGUCAAUAAAGCUGGAAGGAAACACAUGAAAUACAAGUGCAUAUUAUUAUUAUUAUUAUUAAAUCCCUUAAAACAAUUUCAAUGAAAAUAUAUCGUACAAUAAUUAUCUUUGAUUUACUGAAAAAAAGAUUCAAUUUAUUGAGCAUAUCAUGGGUACAUAAUCCUAAAUUCUUUUUAGGUAUUUCUCAUUCUAACAUGCUCCAACUCCAGGAAAAAAAAAUAAAAAACAUAAAGAAAAUGGAGAAAAUACAUGGGAAAUAAACAGGUCAACAAUGAAUGCGCUUGCUUGUUUACUUAGGCAAGCCAGUGAGUGGGUUAAGAAGAGCAUGGGUUU